AUGAGAGAGAGAGGGGGGGACACUGAGUGGGGUAGAACUAGAAAUUUUCAGAAACGAGAUCCUAGGAUUUGGAAUCGAGAAGAGUACCAACGUUUGGAAAACGUUUCCUUUUCAAUUUUUGUCAACAAUCUACCGAAUGAUGUUUCAAAGAAGGAAUUAUUUCACUUGUUCCAUUGGACAGGACGAAUUAACGACAUCUAUCUGGGUCGAAAGCUGAAAAAUGGUUCUGUGUAUAUGUUUGCUUUUAUACGGUAUACAACAAAAGGGGGAGCGAUAAAGGCCAUAGCCGAGAUGCAUCAUACAAGGAUAAGGGGGAAGGUUAUCUACGUAGGUGAAGCCAAAUACAAAAGGGCUAUGGGAGGAGAGAACACUGGAGGAUGCAAAGGGGAUUUGGCAAGAUCUGAGGCGGAGACCAGACAGCUCGAGAAGGGUGAAAGUUCUACAAGAGUUUAA